UUCGAUUCAUCUUUGGAUCCCCUGAGAACAGAAAGAGAAACCUGAAACAACGAAAGCUUCGGCAAAUAGGAAAAAAAAAUGGCAGGAAGAUUGAGCGGUGUGGCCUCACGAAUCAUGGGUGGAAACGGCAUCGUAGCCCGAUCCGCCGCCUCUUCUCUCCGUCAGCGCGCUGGCAUGGGUCUCCCCGUGGGCAAGCACAUCGUCCCCGAUAAGCCUCUUUCGGUUAACGACGAGCUGAUGUGGGACAACGGGACUGCGUUUCCAGAGCCUUGCAUAGAUCGGAUUGCUGAUACCGUUGGGAAGUAUGAAGCAUUGGGAUGGUUGUGUGGCGGUUUAGGGUUCUUUGCUACUCUUGGUUUGCUCGCUGUUGUGAACGAUAAGGCUUCCAAGGUUCCUUUUACACCACGAGUGUAUCCGUAUGAUAACCUGAGAGUGGAGCUUGGAGGAGAGCCGUAGAAGAGACCUAUCAAGUGAUCUACUUAAUCAAAACUCAAGCAGUUUUUCUUCACUGCUUUGUUCUACAAAAAUGUUUUAAUUUCCUCCUCAGAACGUGAAGACAAAACGAAUAAAAGAGACUUGCGUUUUUCAUUUACAUGUGCUGUCCCUGUUAUUAACAGUGACCAAUUUGAGUGAUUCAUAAGACUAAUAAGACAUCUGUUUUCAAUAAA